ACGCGCGCACGCACACACAACCCCAGCGCGGCCAGUUCCCCAGCGACCAGACGCAAGGUCACGUGGGCUCGUCGCGCGGCGGCCGACGCGGGAAGCCGCGCGAGAGCGGGCCGAGGGGUGCGUGAGUUGGCGCCGCCGCGUGCCUUGCGCGGCCAGGAGCCCGCCCCUCCCGCACGGAGGAGUCGGCCCGCUGCCGCGGCGGCGUCUGGGGUCACAAUGGAUACUGCUGGUCACAGUCUUGUCCUUCUGCAGCAGCUGAACAUGCAGCGUGAAUUUGGUUUUCUGUGUGAUUGCACAGUUGCUAUUGGAGAUGUUUAUUUUAAAGCCCAUAGAGCAGUACUUGCUGCUUUUUCUAACUAUUUCAAGAUGAUAUUUAUUCACCAAACAAGUGAGUGCAUAAAAAUACAGCCAACUGACAUCCAGCCCGACAUAUUCAGCUAUUUAUUACAUAUUAUGUACACGGGGAAAGGGCCAAAACAGAGUGUGGAUCACAGUCGUUUGGAGGAAGGGAUUCGAUUUCUUCACGCUGACUACCUUUCUCACAUUGCGACUGAAAUGAACCAGGUGUUUCCACCAGAGGCUGUGCAGUCCUCCAAUUUGUAUGGCAUUCAGAUCUCAACAACCCAAAAAACAGCUGUCAAACAAAGUCUGGAGGUCAAAGAAACUCCGUCCACUAGCAGUGGAAACAGAGCAGCCCUCCAGGGUGACCACCCCCAGCUGCAGCUUUCCCUUGCUAUCGGGCUAGAUGAUGGCUCUGCGGACCAGCAGAGGGCCAGGCCUGCUGCCCAGGCUUUGGAGGAGCACCAGGAGCCCGCGGUGUCCGUCAAGCAGGAGAGGGGUGACCCAGAGCCUGUGACGUCCCAGAGCAACCCCUCACCCUCAUCAGAGGUGACAGACCCCUCUUUUAUAGAAAACAGUAUCAAAAUACACUUGUGUCAUUACUGUGGAGAACGUUUUGAUUGCCGUAGUAACUUAAGACAGCAUCUCCAUACCCAUGUGUCCGGAUCCCUCCCCUUUGGUGUUCCUGCUUCCAUCCUGGAAAGCAAUGACCUUGGUGAAGUGCACCCGCUGCAUGAGAACGGUAGCCGGGAGUACAGAGUGCUCAGCUGGUCCUGCAUGUAA